AUGAUUCGAAUCAGAAUUCGAAGGGGCGGAGCAUAUGGACAUAUUAGGAAAUCUGUUGACUUCGAAUUUCUUGAAGCUCCGCCUGCUCUCCGAGGGGCACACAGAAGCUUUAUAGCCCCCCUCAUUCCCUCUACCAUACACAGAACGCUUCUGAGCUUCUUUGACGACACAGUUUGGCAUUUAAAAGAAUACAACAAAUUCAAACCAGAGUUUCUUUUUCCAAUCCCUUAA